UGUUAAGCAGCCCGGCGCUGCUGACUAACCCGAUUUGGAGGCCGGCUGGCGAAGUAAACAUUGAAUUCUCCAACGACAAUGACGGUACCCAGCAACAGUCGGUAAACAUGGCUCCAGCAACGCAGUACGAGCUCUCGCCGCCUCCGGGCGACGCGAUCUCGGCGCUCGCAUUCGCGCCAAAUGGUUCGACAAAAUUGUUGGCAGCUUCAUGGGACAAGAAGCUGUACGCCUACGACGUCGCAAAACCCGACUCGAGCCUCAUCAAGACAUAUGAGCACCGUGCGCCCGUUCUGGACGUAUGUUUCGGCGACAAUGAGAACGAAGCCUAUACGGCUGGCAUGGACUGGGUUGUCAACAAAGUCAAUUUAGAGACUGGAGAGAUGACGGAGAUGAGCAAACAUGCUGCUCCAGCGCGUUGUGUGGUAUACAGUCCGGCACAUGGCGUCCUGAUCUCUGCAUCCUGGGAUUGCAGUCUCAAUCUUCACAAUGUUCGCGAUCCCUCGAGCACGCCGAUCCGCAUCCCCCUUCCUGGCAAGCCCCAUGCUGUAGCUGCCAGUCCAUCCAAGGUAGUGGUGGCCAUGACCGGGCGGAUCAUCAACAUCUACGACCUUCAAACCAUCCAAAACUUGUUCUCAUCUGGGCAAACCGAGCUCAAACUAUGGCAGCAACGCGAGUCGUCACUCCGAUAUCUGACCCGCGCCGUGGCCUGUAUGCCUUCCGAUGCUGGCUACGCAACCAGCAGCAUCGAGGGUCGUGUGGCGGUGGAGUGGUUCGAAGACACAGCGGAGUCGCAGGCGAGAAAGUACGCCUUCAAGUGCCACCGACAGCCUGCACCGGAUGGCGACGGCGAUAUAGUAUAUCCUGUCAACGCACUAGAGUUCCACCCAGUCCACGGCACGUUUGCGUCCGGCGGCGGAGAUAGCACAGUCGCAUUGUGGGAUGCGGAAGCAAAGAGGAGGUUGAAGCAGUACCAGAAGUUCCCAGACAGCAUUGCCGCCAUGGUGUUUUCCAAGGACGGCAAGUACCUUGCCAUAGGUGUAUGUCCCGGGUUCGAGACCGGACAGGAGGAUUACAGCGGGGAGGGCAAGACUUCCAUCCUCAUCCGCGAGCUGGGAGACAACGAGGCGAAAGGCAAGGGGGCAAAGUAAGAUGUAUGGUAGGGUGUGGCACGCGAGUCGGCGUUUUGAGUUAGGCCAGGGACUGAAUAUUUUCAAAUGCAUAUCCUGCUGACCAAGUGCAGCGCUGAUAAUGGCAGACGACAGAUGCUUCCUACGUGCGGCGUCAUCUACCCCUGGGACCGUCACACCGAGGGCGACAUCAAAAACAUUUAGUUCCUCAGCACUUACACUGGGUGGACGAUUGUACACUGCGUUCAGCGCGGCAUGACUGCCUUGUAUUUGUUCACAUCUCGAGGGGACGUCCCCGCAACCUCCCGAUUCUCGAAUCUAUCUCGGCACAGGAGUUGUCCGUUGUCCCGCUUUGUGCUGGGUGUUUUCGCUAUCGGCAUUCGGUAGU